CAGGUCCGGCAAAUCAGCUACGCCAGCUACCUGUUAUGAGAUGCUUCAGCAACUAAGCUACCCCGCAUAAUGCAUUUGAUCCCAUCCCUCUACCCAUCCCUACCAUGUAGACUUUAGUAGCUGUGACCUGUGAGAAACGCUGCGCUGGAACGUGGGGUGGUACAAUUGGGGAGCUGCCGCGCUCAUUACGGGUAUGUCGAACCAGUCUACAAGAAUAUAUUUAAAGAUACGUUAUCCUCUCCCUUCUCUCACACCUCCCAUCUUCGCCGCAAGUCUUUUUAGUUUUCUCUCUUCGCGCGACACAGAAUACCACACUAUAUUCAACCGCAUAUUCCCGCGAAAAUGGUGCACCUAGCCAAGGUACCCAACGAGGCAGAAGUGGCGGAGAACAGCCUGCCAGAGGCCGUCAAGAAGAUCAGCCUGCAGCUUAGUAACGACGAAGAUAGCUUCACGACUAGCGUCUACGGGUCGAAAUUCGCGGCCGAGGACCUCCCCAAGCAUGAAAUGCCCGAGAGCGAGAUGCCCAAGGAAAUUGCUUACCGCAUGAUCAAGGAUGAGCUAAGCUUGGACGGCAACCCGAUGCUUAACCUUGCCUCGUUUGUUACCACAUACAUGGAGGAAGAGGCUGAGAAGCUUAUGGCCGAGAGCUUCUCCAAGAACUUCAUCGACUAUGAGGAGUAUCCCCAGUCGGCGGACAUCCAGAACCGAUGCGUGUCUAUGAUUGGUCGGCUAUUCAAUGCGCCCACCGACCAGGAGGACGGGGGCGGCGCGGUCGGCACCUCAUGCGUCGGAAGCUCCGAGGCCAUCAUGUUGGCUGUGCUAGCCAUGAAGAAGCGGUGGAAGAACAAGCGCGUUGCCGCUGGGAAGUCUACUGACAAGCCCAACAUCAUUAUGUCGUCCGCUGUUCAAGUGUGCUGGGAGAAGGCGACGCGUUACUUCGAAGUCGACGAGAAGCUGGUCUACUGUAGCCCCGACCGCUUUGUCAUCGACCCCAAGGAGACCGUAGACCUAGUAGACGAGAACACUAUCGGCAUCUGUGUCAUCCUAGGAACAACUUACACUGGAGAAUAUGAGGAUGUUAAGGGUGUCAACGAUCUACUAGUAGAAAGGGGCCUCGACAUUCCUAUUCAUGUCGACGCUGCCAGCGGCGGCUUUGUAGCGCCGUUCGUCGUCCCGGACUUGGAAUGGGACUUCAGGUGCGAGAAGGUUGUGUCUAUCAACGUCUCCGGUCACAAGUACGGUUUAGUGUACCCUGGUGUUGGUUGGGUGGUAUGGCGAGACGCCAAAUUCCUGCCUCAGGAGCUCGUCUUCAACAUAAACUACCUAGGCGCCGACCAGUCAUCCUUCACGCUUAACUUCUCCAAGGGAGCCUCCCAAGUAAUCGGGCAAUACUACCAGCUGAUCCGGCUGGGAAAGAAGGGCUACAGGUCCAUCAUGUCCAAUCUGACGCGCACCGCGGAUUACCUGUCCGACGCGCUCACGGCCCUCGGCUUCGUCAUCAUGAGCAAGAGGUCCGGCGAGGGUCUACCGCUCGUAGCCUUCCGGCUCCCGGACACCGAGCAGGAGCGCAGCUACGACGAGUUCGCGCUGGCGCACAGGCUCCGCGCCCGCGGCUGGGUGGUGCCCGCCUACACCAUGGCGCCGCACACCAACGACCUGAAGAUGCUGCGCGUCGUCGUGCGCGAGGACUUCACGAAGAAUCGGUGCGACGCCCUCAUCACGGACAUCCGGUACUGCCAACAGCUGCUCGAACAGCUUGACAAGGAGUCUAUCCGUAAGCAGGAGGAGUUUAUUCGCAAGCAUGCCAUGAACAGCGGACAGGCCAAACACAACCACCCCCGGUUCCGCAAAGAGAAGCAUUCGAUCCAGGGAAAGCACGGAAAGACGCACUCGAUCUGCUAAGGUUCAUCGGUGUGGAAGUUUUGUAAACCUUGAUGUUUAUUAGCGGUAUAGCAAAAGGGGGGCUCAUAUAGGGAAAAUCUGGUAUAGCUAGACUGAUAUAUAGAAGCCUUUACA